UCUGACAUUAAUGGUGAAAAAAGCCAUUGUAUGAAACUAACUAGAAGCAUAUUGUAAUGGUCUUAGUUGAGAACAUAUUGCUUUGAACCAUGCAGAAUUAAAACCCUUUUUUUCAAGUUUGAAGAAUGUAAACUGCAAUUGGGAACCAAAUAACAUCAAUACUAUCCAGAGGAACUGGAAACCAAACAAGCAGGGAUGGAAGCUUACCUGGGAGAGGAGGGUAACUGGAGUCUUGCUAGUGUGGACGCUACAGUUGACCCACGCAACUACAGUGACCCGUCUGACAUGUUUUCUGGCCACCAGCUUCUCCUGCGCUUCAAGCCGCUCUUCAUUCCUCUCUACUGCCUCCUGUUGACCGUGGCCUGCAUAGGCAACGCCUUCCUGUUGGCCUGCAUUGUGGCCGAUAAAAAGCUACACAACGCCACCAACUUCUUCAUCGGGAACCUGUCUGCUGCUGAUCUGCUCAUGUGCCUGUGUUGUGUGCCUUUCACAGUGUCCUACGGCUUUGAGGCUCGUGGCUGGCUCUUUGGCCGUUUCAUGUGCCACUUUGUCGCGCUCAUGCAGGCUGCCACUGUCUACGUGUCAGUCUUGUCCUUGACCGCCAUCGCCGUGGACCGCUACGUGGUGGUGGCAUACCCCAUUCGUCGCCGGAUCACACUUAAGUGUUGUGGGAUGGUUGUGUUAGGCAUCUGGGUGCUUUCUCUGGUUCUGGCUGCUCCUCCAUCGGUUCACAUCAGCUACCUGGAUCUGCACCAGAUUGGCCAUGACUUGGUUGUGUGUGAGGAGUUCUGGAUGGGCUCAGAGAAGCUAAGGGUGCUCUACUCCUGUCUGAUGCUUCUCAUGUCCUACAUGAUCCCCCUGCUCUCCGUCACUGUAUCUUACUGCGCCAUCACAGUUCAUCUCAAGCACCACUGCCUACCAGGAGCUGUGGAGCAGAACCAGGCCAAAUGGAACAAGAAGAAACGCAAGACUUUCAUGCUCUUGGUCACUUCUGUUUUGGCCUUCGCCCUCUGCUGGCUCCCUCUGCAGAUCCUCAACCUGAUCCGAGAUCUCGACGUGGAUUUCAGCAUCCUAAACAAACACUGCAUCAACGUCAUCCAGGUCUCCUGCCACCUGGUGGCCAUGAGCUCCUCCUGCUACAACCCUUUCAUCUACGCCUCCCUCCACCACAAGUUCCGGGUCCACCUUCAAGGUUACCUGCGGCCCCGGAGACACCACCAGAGCAGCCUGCUCUCCCUGCGUGCCUCCCGCUACAACAACACCUGCCUCAGCCACGUCUCUGAGCACCCCCCAAAGGACGGGAGGGAGCUUGAAAGUGGAAUGGUUAAUGUGCUCUGAUUGGCAGGUUUGUGCAGAGACGGUUGUGAAACUGCAGCCCGGCGUCCGCCAUGUUGGCUUUAGCGCCUCUGCUUUUGGCUGCCGACUCCUUUGUUGCGCCUUAAUGGCGACAGUUUCAUAACCUCCUCUACUAUAUUAGCGUUGUUUUCGUCUGGCCCAGGUGACACUAGAGAGCAGGGAGUGCUUGAGAAAAGAGAUUAGCAGGACUAAUUUACAGUAAGGUACUUAGAGUAUUGACGUCCUUGCAGACUUCCCAUUCUGCUGCAUGGUUUCCCUUUUCUUCAUCAAACAAGAGGACUUUCAGUUUAGUAUAAGAUUUGCGUGAAGUUCGCUGCAUAGCCAUUUUAAUAUACUGGUACUGUAUGAAGAGUAUUUACUGUAGUGGGCAUUACCGUAUACAGUAGCUCUCAUUCGAGCACACCACAAUAAUUGACAUGUGCAAAUGUAAAUUGUUCUCCUAAUUGAAAAACCCUGAAUCUCUGCAUUAAAAAAAGUACAGUAUAUCAAAAAAUGGAUUUCAAAACUGUAUUUGAGUCACUGUGAUAAGAACCACUUGGAAUCAUACAGAGGACAGUAGACAAAAUAUGAAGAAAUGUAAUUUGAAGCUAUUUACUGUUAUCUGGUGAAUAGAGAAAAUAGGUGGAUGUGCUCAGCUUAGAUUGUAGGCCUGUGGUUUGCUUUAAGGACACCAAUUGUCUAAAAAUUGUUGUUGAAAAGAAGUUUUGAGCCUGACCUUUUCAGAACAGUUAAGAAAAUAUAUCUAAACUGGUGAAAAAAUGUUGGAAAUGGUUUGAGAAGUUGCCUGCCAGAAAGGAGGUCAUAGCUAGGGAUGUGUUUGUUCCCGGUAAAAACAAAAUGGCUUAUUUCAGUCUAAAAAUAGGUAUUUAAAGACAUUUCAUGAUUUGAAACCUAAUAUUUAUAAUAACAACAGACACGUGAAAUUUCCUCUUCUUGUACCGGAUAGAGUGAUCUUUAGCAGAAAUAUUUCCGUUGCAGAUAUUUUAAAGAAAUUGUGCAGCUCUAUGCUGUGUGUUCAAUCAUUUACCAGAAAGAAAAAACGGCUGCCAGCUUCCUAAAACCAGUGUAACAGGUAGUGCGUCAAUAAGAAAAAUGUUUGCUGUAUAUAUUUUUCAGUGAUAAAAAAUAUGUAUAUUUACACUAUUCUUUCAGAAAUGGGAAUUUUCACAGGAACUACAUAUUACACAGCAAUGGGUAAAUUGGGUAAAAAAAAUACAACAUUUGAAGUAAAUUUCAAUACAAAGAUAUGAAUAACAUAUUCUUUUCUAAAUGUAUUAUCGUUCAUGUUUAGCUUGAACUAC